CAGAUGGAAACGGCGUCGGUGGUGGGGAGGGGGGUAAGGGUCCGUCCUAUGGAUGUCAUCAUCAUCAGUAGCAGCCGGGCCAGCACCUCCCGGCCUGGCGUUUAAUUGGCGGCCUCCUCCUCGGCUCGGCUCUUCUGGGAGCUGAGCAAGCCGGCGACCAGCGCUCGACCGCCGGAGGACACAAAGCUUCGUCCUCGGCACUCGCGCGGAAGGGCGUCGGGGACGCGAUGGCGAAUGCCUCGCCCGACCUGGACAACGCCGACGCCCAGCGCCAGCUCAACAACAACAACCGGCCUGUCAGCUCGGCAUUUUGGGAAACGGAGUGCACCAGCGCAAAGUUAUUUGAAUGCUCCCGAAUCAAAGCCCUGGCAGAGGAGCGCGACGCCGUCCAGAAGAAGACGUUCACCAAGUGGGUUAAUUCCCACCUGUCCCGAGUUUCCUGCCGCAUCUCGGACCUCUACAAUGACCUGCGUGAUGGCUACAUGCUCACGCGGCUACUGGAGGUCCUCAGCGGAGAGCUGCUGCCGAGGCCAACGCGAGGCCGGAUGCGCAUCCAUUGUCUGGAGAAUGUGGACAAAGCCCUUCAGUUCCUCAAGGAGCAGAGAGUCCAUCUGGAGAACGUGGGCUCACACGACAUUGUCGACGGGAACCACCGCCUCACACUGGGCCUCAUCUGGACGAUCAUCCUCCGAUUUCAGAUUCAGGUGAUCAAGAUCGCCACAGCGGACAACAGAGAGACACGCUCGGCAAAGGACGCUCUGCUGCUUUGGUGCCAGAUGAAGACAGCCGGGUACCCUGAGGUGAAUAUCCAGAACUUCACAAGCUGCUGGAAGGAUGGCCUUGCCUUCAACGCACUCAUUCACAGACACAGACCAGAUCUGAUUGAGUUCCAGAAGCUGACCAGAUCCAAUGCUACUCACAACCUGCAGCAGGCCUUUAAUGUUGCCGAGCAGAACCUGGGCCUCACCAAGCUGCUAGACCCCGAGGAUGUGAACACGGAGAACCCGGAUGAAAAGUCCAUCAUCACCUACGUGGUCUCCUACUACCACUACUUCUCCAAGAUGAAGGCUCUUAUAGUGGAGGGCAAGAGAGUUGGCAAGGUCUUGGACAACUGUAUCGAGGCGGAAAAACUAGUAGGCCGAUAUGAAGCGCUGGCGUCGGACCUGCUGGAAUGGAUCGAGAAGACCAUUGCCAUCAUCGGCAAUCAGAAGUUUGCUAACUCUCUGACAGGGGUUCAGCAGCAGUUGCAGGCCUUCACCACUUACUGCACUGUUGAGAAGCCUAUCAAGUUUCAGGAAAAAGGGAACUUGGAAGUCCUUCUCUUUACUAUUCAAAGCAAACUGCGAGCCAACAACCAGAAAGCCUACAUGCCUCAUGAAGGGAAGCUCAUCUCUGACAUCAACAAGGCGUGGGAGCGGCUGGAGAAGGCAGAGCAUGAAAGGGGUGUGGCUCUGCGCAAGGAGUUAAUUCGCCAGGAGAAGUUAGAGCUGCUGGCUCAGCGCUUUGACCACAAGACCACCAUGAGACAAGCGUGGCUUAAUGAGAACCAGAGGCUUGUGUCGCAGGACAACUUUGGCUACGAUCUCCCCGCCGUGGAAGCGGCCAUGAAGAAGCACGAGGCCAUUGAGGCAGACAUCGCCUCGUACGAGGAGCGCAUUGGUGUGGUGGUGGAGCUGGCUGCCGAGAUGGAGGUGGAGAGCUACUUCGACAUUCGUCGUAUCUCUGCCCGCAAGGAGAAUAUCCUGGGGCAGUGGAGCCUGCUGAAAGAACUGGUGGCUGGCAGGCGGAUCCGGCUGGAGAAAAACCUUGCUCUGCAAAAGACCUUUCAGGAUAUGGUCUACAUGAUCGACUGGAUGGAGGACACGCAGGCCCAACUGCUGUCCAAAGACUUUGGAAAGCAUCUUCUGGAGGUGGAUGACCUUCUGCAGAAGCACAGCCUGCAGGAGGCCGACAUCGGUGUGCAGGCCGAAAGGGUGGAGACCCUCAAUGCUGCAGCACUUAAAUUCACGAAUAUAGAGGGUUACCAGCCAUGCGACCCGCAGGUGAUCUGUAACCGGGUCAAUCACGUCUCGUCCUGUCUGGAGGAGCUGAAGGAGUUGGCGGCCAAGCGGCGCUCUGAACUGGAAGAUUCCAGGCAGCUGUGGGCCUUCUUCAAGGAAUUGGAAGAGUCUGAGGCGUGGAUGCGAGAAAAAAGCUCCAUACUGGGGGCUCAGGGUUAUGGAAAAGACCUGAGCAGUGUGCUUAAAUUGCUCCAGAAACACAAGACCCUUGCCGGAGAAUUGAUGGCCCACCGAGCUUUGCUGGAGAUGACCAUUCAGCGCGGUCAGGAAAUCCUCAAUGAGAAGAGCCUUGACACAGCGGGCAUCCAGGAACACAUCCUGGACGUGACCGACGAGUGGACUCGGCUGGAGGAGCAGGCAGCCCAGCGCCUCACCCAUCUACAGGAGGCGCUGAAUUUUUUUCAGUUCUCUACCGAGACGGACGACCUGGUGGUCUGGCUACAGGACUCCUACCGCUUGGUGUCAAGCGAGGACUUUGGGCACGAUGAGUACUCCACAUGUUCACUACUCAAAAAGCACCGUGGCGUCAGUGAGGACAUCGACAAGCACCGGCUACAUGUGGUGGCAUUGCGAAAACACAUGGUGGCACUGCCAUUGCGCUAUCGAGAACAAGAGGAAGUUCAGGUUCGGAUGGUGGAAGUGGAACAGCUAUAUACUGAGGUGGUGGAGGUGGGCGUCCUACGCCAGCAGUGGCUCCACGACGCCCUGGCCGUGUACCGCAUGUUCAGUGAGGUCAACGCUUGCGAGCUGUGGAUAGACGAAAAAGAGCAGUGGCUGAACAAGAUGGAGAUCCCAGAGAAGCUGGAGGAUGUAGAGGUAGUAGCGCACAGAUUUGAGUCCCUGGACCAAGAGAUGAACAGCUUAAUGGGUAGGAUCCUGGAUGUUAACCAGAUAGUCCAGCAACUUCUGGAUGGAGGACAUCCAUCCUCCACAGAGGUCAGAGGAUGUCAGGAUCACCUCAAUUCCAGAUGGAACAGCAUCGUGGCUCUGGUGGAGCAGAAGAAAGCUCAGCUUGGCAGCAUGCAACGUCUUCAAAACUACCUUCUGGAGUGUAGUGAGAUCAAGUCACAGAUCCAGGAAAAGCGCAAGGCUAUUGAUGCCACACAGUACGCAGGCAGCGACCUGGGCGGUGUACUGGCUUUGCAGCGUCGCCUCUCCACCAUGGAGGGGGCUUUGUCUGUGCUGGAGCCCAAACUGAUGCACCUACAGGAGGAAGCAGAGCACUUGGCCACCGUACAUGCCAGUCGUGCCACGGAGGUCCUCCUUCCAUUCGAUGGCAUCAGUGUCGAGUGGGAAGAGCUUAAAUGUACACUGCAAGGCUGCGAAGACUCACUAAUGGUGGCCAGCAGGCUGCAGAGUUUCAUCCAGGACCUGGACUUGUUCCUAACCUGGCUGGUCCAAACGCAGACAGCCGCCGCUUCAGAACAGCUACCUAAUGACCUGGAGGAAGCAGAGCGACUCAUUAACAAACACGCUGCACUCAAGGAAGAGAUUGGACGGUAUGAAGAGGACUACGAGCGUCUGCAGGCCAUGAAUGAGCUGCUGGAGUCUGAGGAGGCGCCUCUUCCGCAAGCCGCCUUGCAGCAGUGGCUGCAGAAGCUGGACGUGGGCUGGAACAAGCUGCUGGAGAUGUGGGACAGUCGGCGGGAUGUUCUAGUGCAGGCGCACAUCUUCCACCUUUUCCUGCGUGAUGUCAAACAAGCUGAGUCCUUCAUCAACAAUCAGGAAUCUGCGCUGGCCCACGUAGAGCUUCCAACCACAGUGGAGACGGUGGAGGCCGCAGUGAAGAAACACAAGGACUUCACCACCACCAUGGAGCUCAACCUUCACCGCAUUAAGGCCGUCAUUGAGGCCGGAGAGAGCCUCAUCAGCCAGAACAACAUCUACUCAGAGCGCAUACGACAGCGUGUAGACACACUUGCCACAAGGGGAAACCAGAAUCGUGAGCAGGCCCAGCAGUGGUUGGAAAAACUCAAUGACCAGUGGGCUCUCCAGAGGUUUCUGCAGGACUGUCAUGAGCUGGGCGACUGGGUGAACGAGAAGAUGCUCAUGGCGCGGGACGGAAACUGCGACGACACACAGAAGCUUCACAAGAAAUGGCUCAAGCACCAAGCCUUCAUGGCCGAGCUAGCGCAGAACAAAGAGUGGCUGGACAAGAUCGAAAAGGAGGGCCAGCACUUGAUUCAGGAGAAACCUGAGCUGAGCCCGUUGGUGCGUCAGAAGCUGGAGGAGAUCCGUGAAUGCUGGUUGGACCUAGAGAGCACCACGCAAGCCAAGGCCCAACAGCUUUUCCAGGCCAACAAGGCGGACCUGUUGGCUCAGAGCUACCGUAGCCUGGACCAGAGGCUUGGCCAGAUGGAGGGCCAGCUGGCCUAUGUGGACCGUGGUCACGACUUGGCUACUGUCAACAGGCAACUUAAAAAACUGCAGAGCAUGGAGUGCCAAAUGGAGGAGUGGUACCAGGAGGUUGGUGAAUUGCAGGCUCAGGCGGCCGCCGUCCCGCAGCAGACCCGAGCCAAAGAGACCGUGGCUGAGCAGCAGGCGGCAGUUGAGGCUCGCAUGGUGCGCCUGAUAGAACCCCUCAAGGAACGCAGACGCCUGCUUCUUGCUUCCAAGGAGGUGCACCAAGUGGGACGAGACCUGGAGGAUGAGAUGUUGUGGGUGCAGGAGCGCCUCCCACUGGCCAUGAGUCAGGAACAUGGAUCCUCCCUGCAGUCGGUGCAGCAGCUCAUGAAGAAGAACCAGACCCUGCAAAGGGAGCUUCAGGGCCACCUCAGCCAUGUAGAGGAAGUUUUGGAGCGUGCUGCCAUCUUUGCUUCAGUCCGCAGCCCUGAAGCCAACGCUGUGCGAGCAGGCCACGAGCAGCUGUCCCAACUUUGGGCGCUUCUCUGGGCGGAGACGGAGCGUCGGCAGCUGAUGCUGGACGCCAUGUAUCAGGCGCAGCAGUACUACUUUGACACGGCCGAGGUGGAGGCCUGGCUCAGCGAACAAGAGCUGAACAUGAUGAACGAGGAGAAAGGAAAGGACGAGCCGAGCACCUUGCAGUUGCUAAAGAAGCACCUGGUCCUGGAGCAGACCAUCGAAGACUACGCUGAAACUAUCGGCCUGCUGUCUCAGCAGUGUCGCCAGCUUCUGGAAAUAGGACACCCCGACUGUGAGCAGAUCAGCAAACGUCAGUCGCAGAUGGACCGUUUGUACGUGUCGCUGAAGGAUCUGGUGGAAGAACGCAAGAGUCGCCUGGAGCAGCAGUACUGGCUCUACCAGCUCAAUCGUGAGGUGGACGAGCUGGAACAAUGGAUCGCUCAGAGGGAGGUGGUGGCCAGCUCGCCCGAGCUGGGACAGGACUUUGAGCAUGUCAACUUGCUUCAGGAGAAGUUUACAGAGUUUGCGUCAGAGACGGGCAGCACGGGCCAGGAACGCGUGACGGCUGUCAACCAGAUGGUGGACGAGCUGAUCGACUACGGCCACGCCGAGGCUGCCGUCAUCGCCGAGUGGAAGGACGGCGUCAAUGAAUCGUGGGCUGAACUGCUGGAGUUGAUGGAGACACGGACACAGAUGCUGGCCGCCUCACAUCAACUGCACAAGUUCUUCGCUGAUUGCCGAGAGGUUUUGUCUCAGAUCGAAGAUAAACACCGCAGGUUACCGGAAGUGCGCAGUCGUCAGACCAGCACGGCCAACACCAGUACGCUGCAGAGGCUGCUGCGUGGCUUCGAGCAGGAUAUCCAACUGCUGGUCACGCAGGUGCGCCAGCUUCAGGAGAGUGCGGCCCAGUUGAGGACGGUGUAUGCCGGCGAUAAGGCUGAAGCCAUUGCAUGCAGUGAACAUCAGGUCGUGCAGUGCUGGAAAGAGCUGCUCACCUACUGUGAGGACUGUCGACUGCAGAUCACCACAGAGACGGACAAGCUCAGGUUCUUCGGAUUGGCCCGUGAUCAGAUCAUGUGGAUGGAUUCCAUUCUCUGCCAGAUCGACACGGGAGAGAAGCCAAGGGACGUAUCGUCAGUGGAAGUUUUGAUGAACUAUCAUCAGAGUCUAAGGAACGAAGUGGAUGCUCGCAGUCAGAAUGUGGUGGAAUGUAUCGACAUGGGAAAGAUGCUGCUGGCGGCAAGAAACCCUGCCGCUCACCAGAUCAAGGAAAAACUGGACCAGGUGGUCGCUAAGCAACACGAGCUUUCUGAGAAGUGGGACAAGCACUGGGAGGAGUUGCAGCAAUUGCUAGAAGUGCACCAAUUCGCUCAGGAAGCUGUAGUGGCAGAGGCAUGGUUGGCAGCGCAGGAGCCUCUGGUCAGCAGCAAGGAGCUGGGAGGCAGCGUGGACGAGGUGGAGCAACUCAUUCGGAGACACGAGGCCUUCCGCAAAGCUGCUGCCACCUGGGAAGAACGAUUCAGCUCGCUCAGACGCCUUACCACGGUGGAAAAACUGAAAGCUGAGCAAAGCAAACAGCCGGCCACUCCUCUGCUUGGCCGUAAAGUCUUCCUAGAUCCUCAGGAUGCUUCGCCGGCUCCCCCUUCCACUCUCCCCCGCCUCCCCCUCUCACCCGUCAUGAGACAGACCAUCUAUGAGCGGAACGAGGCCAGCACGCCGCCCUCUCCUUCGCCCGCCACGCCCACGCCAUCACCCUCGGCAGUUCGACAUCCCGUUCAUGCUGCCCAUCCCGCCCGUUCGUCCAUCUUGUCUGUGGCGACAGCCGCCAUGUUGGUCUCGGCUAAUCAAGUGCGAGAAAGUAGCGGGAAGACAGGUCACCUUCAGCCCAAGGUGGAGGUGGAUGCCAAGCCAUCGCCGUACCUACGCCAACCCAAAAUCAAACACCUAGACGACGCUGUGACGCCACUUCUGGUAGCCAGUCGGCUGGAGAAGGCCCGAGAAAGAGGCAGGGAGAUGGCAACAGAGCGAGCCGAGGUGGCCGUGAUGGCCGAGGUGGUCCUCCAGGAGCCUAACCGAGACCGCCUCCAUGGGGGGCCCCGACCCUCCCGGACUAACCCCGAGCCGCAGGUCCAGACUCACGCAGUGCGGCUGGAGCAUCCGCUUUCCGGCGAACAGCUCAUCCAGGCCCGCAAGAACGAGCUUCCUCAGGAGGUGUGGCGGGAACACGCCGAGCGACGGGAGCGACGGACUCUGGAGAGGCAGACGUCCAGCGAGCAGGAGGGACACGGAAGCCACGAGGGUCGCAAGAGGGAGCGAGACCGGCAUCGGCUGGAGAGGCAGGAAUCCAGCGAGCACGACACCGGGAAGGAGCAUUCGGACAGACGCUCAGCAGGAGGGGAGAGAAGAACUACUAUGGCAGACAUAGUGGAGCAGCUUCAGGAGAGAGAAGCAGCACAGGCCCGAGGUGAGGUUCCCCGCCUGCCGAACGGCCUACCAGAGAAGUCUUCCCGUCCCGACAGGCCUCGAGCCCGUGACAGACCCAAACCGCGGCGUAGGCCGAGACCCAAAGAAUCAGGAGAGACCACGCGGCGAUCCCGCUCGGCACCGGCACAAAGCGGCCCAGCGGCCCCCCAGCCACCCACACACAGCGCACACCACGAGGGCUUCCUCUUCCGCAAGCUGGACAUCGAGAGCCUGAAGAAGAGCACUAACAGCAGGUCUUGGGUGAACCUGUACUGCGUGCUGAACAAAGGCGAGCUGGGCUUCUACAAGGAUGCUAAAAACACAGCCACGGCGUACAACAAUGAGCCUAUGCUAAACCUUGCACACUGCCACUGUGAUGUCACCAACGGAUACAAGAAGAAGAAGAAUGUCUUCACGCUUAAGACAAAAGACGGCAGCGAGUUCUUGUUCCACGCAAAAGACGAGGAGGACCUGAAGACGUGGGUGGGCAACAUUAGCAGUAGCAUCUCGGAACAUGAGGAGAUGGCCAAGUGGGGCCAGCUCCAAGCAACUACCUCAUCCACUGACGAGGGGACGCAGCGCGACGGAAGCAAGGCCGGCUCAGAACGCGGAGGCGAGCGAUCGGACAGAGCCGAGAAAGCGGAAAAGCCAGAAAAAGAGAAGGAAAAAGACAGGGGACGGGACAAAGACCGGGUGGAGCGAUCAGAUCGUGGCGGUAAGGCGGAAGCCAAACGUUCAGAAAAGCCCAGUAAGAAAAAGUGAUGUCUUCACAACACCUCCCGUGUGGAAGAUCUUGGAUGCAAACUGAUGCAGCAGGAAAGAACUCUGAAAUGACUUAUUCUUCUCCUACUGCAUCUAUGCGGUAACGCCCUCCGCUGGCUUCGCAGGGAAGUUCAGCGGGAAGACAAUUGCGGUUUGUGACAUUGGGGAUUAAGUAGAUCGCGCUGUUCCAUGUUUGUUUGUUUUUUUUGUAUGAGAUGAGAAGUGUGUUUGUUAUACGUGCGUGUGUGUUUCUGUUUCUACGUAGGGUUUGUCAAGUAGCACGGUUUUUUUAAAGGAGCAAAGCUCAAAAUCAUUACAAGCGCUUUUAUUUUCGAUUCCGAAACAGUAAAUGCACUGGCCAUAAAUAGUCCCAAAUCAAAAGAGUAAAAGACAAAACGAGAACUAAAUUGAUGAGAACAAAAAAAAAACUGUUACGAACGAAAAAAUAGUUGAACAUUUUUGCUUUCCAAAGAUUCAACAUUCAAUUGAAGAACACCCCUGUUGUUCCAUGGAUUAUGUGGUUAUUCAACAAAAUCGUUUUAGACUCUUUAACUGGUUUAAAACAAAUUUUAGGAUUGGUCUAAGAACUCUCUAAAUAUGCUUGAAAAAGCUAUUCAUCUACUAAUAUUCGAAGAAAAUCUUAAGACAAUCUUGGGUUGGCCUUAGUGUUAUUGAAGUUUGGCUCAUGUUGGUCUAAAAUGUCUUUGAAUACAUCACAAAAACACACAUAUAUGUAUUUAUUUAUUUAUUUUUUAAAUCAAGACUCUCUUAUAAAUUUGAAAGUCCUUUAAGACAAUUUAGUUCAUCCGGAAAGUCUCCGGAAAAUCUUAAACUGGUCCAAAAAUCCCUGCUGAAAAGUGUUUAAAGAUAUCUCAGUUGGUCCAAAAAACAUCUCUAAAUACGCUACAUCAUCUAAAGUUCUAUAAAGAUAGUUGGGCCACAAAGUAUUUGAACACACUUUCUUCAGUCUAAAAUGAAGAAUCUCCAGUUGACCUAAAAGGUUUGAGACACUCAAUUUGUUCCAGAAAUCUCUACAUUGUCCAUUUGGUUUGAAAGUUUUUGAAUCCUUUCUACAAAAAUAUUCUUAAGACCUUCCAUUUUGGCCCAGAAAAAUCUUUAUUCUCCAUAUUUGUUCCAGAAAAUCUCUGAAGACUCUUCAGUUGGUCCAAAAUGUCUCUUAGGACCCUUCAGUUGGCUUAAAAAGUCUCCAUUAGACCCUAUGGAUGGAUUAAUAAGAGUAGUUCAAUAUCUACGACCUUUAACAUCGGAAGUAACACAGAUUUAACCAGUUUUCAAACCCACUAAUAUAAUUUCAUACAAGUGUAUAGAGAGAAGAAAAUAAGUAUUUGACCACCCUGUUGUUUUGCAAGUUCUCCCACUUAGAAAUCAUGGAGGAGUUUGAAAUUUUCAUUGUAAGUGCAUGUCCACUAUAAGAGAGAUCAUCUAAAAAGAAAUAUCCAAAAAUCACUAUGCAUGAUUUUUAAACUAUUUACUUGUGUGAUCCAGCUGCAAAUAAGUAUUUGAUUACCUGUCUAUCAGCUAGAAUUCUGACCCUGAAAGACCUGUUAGUCCACCCGUUAAAAGUCCACCUCCACUCCAUGUAUUAUCCUGAAUCAGAUGCACUUGUUUGAGGCCGGUAGCUGCAUAAAGACACCUGUCCACCCCAUACAGUCUGCAAGACUCAAACUUGUAACAUGGCCAGGUCCAAAGAUAUGUCCAAAGACACCAGAGACUAAAUUAUACACCUCCACAAGGCUGGAAAGGGCUACGGAGCAAUUCCCAAGCAGCUUGGUGACAAAAAGUCCACUGUUGGAGCAUCAUUAGAAAAUGGAAGAAGCUAAAUAUGAUGGUCAGUCUGAAAUUGGAGUGGAGCGCCAAUGUAAGAUACAGUAUCACCUCGUGGGGUCUCAAUGAUUUUAGAAAGGUGAGGAAUCAGCCCAGAACUACACGACAAGAGUUGGUCAAUGACUUAAAAAGAGCUGGGACCACUGUUUCCAAUGUUACUGUUAGUAAUAUACUAAGACGUCGUGGUUUGAAAUCAUGCAUGGCACUGAAGAUUCCCCUGCUUAAACCAGUACUUGUCAAGGCCCGUCUUAAAUUUGCCUAUGACCAUUUGGAUGAUCUUUUUGGUCAUAAUUUCACCAACCGUGUUUGGAGAAGAAGAAGGAUGAGUACUAUCUCAAGAACACCAUCCCUACUGUGAAGCAUGGGGGUGGUAGCAUCAUGCUUUGGAGUGUUUUUCUGCGCAGGGGACAGGACGAGUGCACUGUAUCGAAGAGAGGAUGACUGGGGCCCUGUACUGAGAGAUUUUGGGGAACAACCUCCUUCCUUCAUUCAGAGCAUUGAAGAGGGAUCAUCACUUCCAACUAGGGGUGUCAAACGAUUAAAAUUUUUAAUCGAGUUAAUUACAGCUCAAAAAUUAAUUAAUCGUAAUUCAACGCAAUUAAUCGCAAUUCAAACCAUCUAUAAAAUAUGCCAUAUUUUUCUGUAAAUUAUUGUUGGAAUGGAAAGAUAAGACCGAGAUGGAUAUAUACAUUCAACGUAUGGUACAUAAGUACUGUAUUUCUUUAUUAUAACAAUAAAUCAACAAGAUGGCAUUACCAUUAUUUACAUUCUGUUAAAGCGAUCCAUGGAUAGAAAGACUUGUAGUUCUUAAAAGAAAAAGAAAAAUAAUAAAUAAAAUAUAUAAAUAAAUAAAAUAUAUAAAUAUUUAUAAAAAUUUAUAGAAAAUAAAAGAUAAUAACUAGUACAAGUUAUAGAAAUUUUAUAUCAAAACCCCUCUUCAUGUUUUCGUUUUAAUAAAAUUUGUAAAAUUUCAAUCAAAAAAUAAACUAGUAGCCCGCCAUUGUUGAUGUCAAUAAUUACUUACACAAUGCUCAUGGGUGCUGAAGCCUAUAAAAUCAGUCGCACACAAGCGCCAGCAGAGGGCGGCAAAACUCCGAAAAACACAACAAGUACACCUUUCACUUUGCAGUCCUUUUUGCUGUCCUUUCUGUUUGAGCGGGGCAUUUGUGCGUUAAUUGCGUCACAUAUUUUAACGGGAUUAAUUUAAAAAAUUAAUUACCGCUCGUUAACGCGAUAAUUUUGACACCUCUACUUCUAACAUGACAAAACCCGAAGCUAGGGUUGCCACCUUUCAGAAAUAAUAAAUACGGGACAUUCCCCUCGCGCCCAGAGCUGUACAUGAAGAGAAAAAAAGGGACAUCCCAAAAACUCCUAAAAUGCAUAGAAAUUUAUCUAUUCAUUUACAGUAUAUUCCGCAUUAGUUCAAUACGGAACGCAACAUUUAAUUCCCAAUUUUGGAGUGUUCAUUAUUUUAGGGGACAGGUGGCAACCCUACCCGAAGCACACAGGCAGGAAAACCAAGGAGAAGCAUAUCAAGAUUCUGGCAUGGCCUAGCCAGUCUCCAGACCUAAACCCAAUAGAAAUCCUUUGGAGUGAAUUCAAACUCUGUGUUUCUCAGUCAGCCCAGAAACCUGACUGAUCUAGAGAAGAUCUGUGUGGAGGAGUGGGCCAAGAUCACUCCUGCAGUGUGUGCAAACCUGGUAAAAAACAACAGGAAACGUUUGAGCUCUGUAUUUGUCAACAAAAGCUACUGUACCAAAUAUUAAGAUUCGUUUUCUCAGGUGUUCAAAUAUUUAUUUGCCGCUGUAUCACACAAAUAAAUCGUUAAAAAAUGGUGCAUUUUGAUUUUUUGAUUUUUGUUUUUAGAUUAUCUCUCUCACAGUGGACAUUCACUUACGAUGAAAAUUUCAAACUCCUCCAUGAUUUCUAAGUGAGAGUACUUGCAAAAUAGCAGGGUGUCGAAAUACUUAUUUUCUUCACUGUUCAUUGAAGAAGCCCACUAUGCCAAACUAAUCUCAAUCAUAAUCACACAAAAAUGAUCAUAGUCCAGUUUCAGGUUUCCAUGCAAGGGACUCUAGUUGUUGAUGUUUUACGUCUGUCCAUGGCUCUCAGGUUUCUUCUCUUGUUUUAGUGUGUGCUUGGGAUGUUCAAAUGUCUUCCAAAUGCGUGCAAGGCGAACCCACGGAAACGUCAGCAGAGUGUAGGCAAGGAACAUGGUAUAAAUGAUUGAAUCGAUGGCAGACCAGAACUGCUUCAACUGUCACACCUUGUGACUUUGCAUGUCUGAUUUGACGUGGAAUCACAUAAAAGAAUACAAAUAUAACACUUUUUUUGUUUCCUGUCUCUAAACUCAACUUUCCUCUAAGUUUAAAAAAAUUAGAAGGGGUUAAUUGCCUUCCCAACGUUUCUGGGGACGCUACUUACUGAGCUUUCAGUGUGUUUGUAUUGGGGACCCCUUAAAUACAUGCAUUUUCAUCAGGAUACACAAUACACUUGGGCCCGAUAGAUAAAAUGAUCCCCUCUCCUGCUUUAGCUACAUGCUAGUGAAUUGAUGUCACUGCUACAUGCAUUUCAUUCUUUUUUUUUUCUUAUGCAUUAUGGGUGAAUGGCAGGAUCAAUGCAGUCAUUACAGUGCAUGUCGGACACAAUUAUCGAGAGAUGGGAGACAAAAUGAGAAUAGAGCAGUCUUGUUUUGAUGUCGACAACCUCCAGAUGGACUCCAAAGUUACACACAGCACAAAAAAGACGCAGUGUGUACAGUGUCACACGGCUGACAGCCACAUGAAAUAUAUUGUAUGUAUGUAUGUCCACUUCGGUGUGACAGCUCAGAUGGAAUGAUGAAUAAAAUACAUUUUGUUCUAUCAAUGAAAACUCCCACCAUGUCUAAUUGUGUGUCCGUCCUCAUAAUUUGCUUCUUUAUAUUGAAAAAGGCACGACAGUGAUCCCUCGUUUUUUGCGGUUAUUGGGGACCAGAACCCGCUGCAAUAAGUGAAAAACCGCGAAGUAGCCGCCUCAAGCAAAAAAAUAAUUUUUUGUUUUGUUUUG